UUCCCAAGAUCUGCGCAGAGAUCAUUCAGGUCCUCUAACACAUGGCUUCAGCAACUCAAACAGAGCUGAGGGCGAAGUUCCUUCGAGAAGCCGCUCAUCUCCUCGCAAUUCCCUCGCCAACAACAGCAGCGUUUCUAGGUAAUGCAUGCAACAAGCUAAUCGAAGAUGCUGAAGUCGAUAUUUCAAGCAAGGAGACGGAUACAUUCCGACGAAGUAUUUGCGUCGCAUGCGGGAAUGUCAUGAUUCCAGGAUGGUCGUGCAAAGUUUCGAGCGGAGACAAGCGCAAAAGCAUUGGCAAGAAGCUGUCGGUGCCCGAGAAAAGUGUUCGGUAUACCUGCUUGCGAUGCCAACGAGAGACACGUCAAACGCUUCAGCGAAGGCCUCGCAGACAGGUCAAGAGAUCACAGUCUCUGUUGGAUACAGUCACAACGUCCGCAGCCCCGACUACGACCAAGAAAGAAGACGAUGUAACUCCAAAGACCAUUAAUGCAAGCAGCAAGCAAAGACAGAGGGCCCGCAAAGGCGGCCUGCAAGCUAUGCUUGACAAGAAGAAGACACAAGACUCGGGCACAGGCGGACUCGAUUUUAUGGACUUUGCGCUGUAAGUCCCGUAGGGCUGAGUGAAUGCAGCCCACCUGCAUAGAAGGGCCUAGCGACCCGUGGACACCCCGCUAUGCAAGCGCGGGGCUCAAAAAUUUCGAGAAGUUAUGUCAUCAGAACUUGCGAAAGUCAAUCCAAUCGCAGGCACAAUUACUUUGUCGAACACUACCCUACACCAAUAUUAAUCGAUUGCAAACAUGGCACAACAACAGAGCCUUGCGAAGGAUCUCUUCGAGGACAUGGGCCGCAAGGUCGCCGAGGCGAGCGCCCAGGAAGACAACGACGAUACAAAGG